CACCGCGGUGUUUACAGGCAGCUGUCAUGGCGGCGGGCUGCGUCUUCCACAGAACUCUGGUCCGGUCCCAGUCCAGACCCGAGUCCAGAGCUGAGUCCAGACCCGGUCCAGGUCCAAACCAGGCUCCUGUCGUUUGUCGGGAACAGCUCAUAGUUUUGGACGUGGAACGUUACACAAGAGAUCAAAGUUCAGCUCUGUGCUUCCCCCAAAAUGUCUUUCAUGGUCCAGAUUUUUACGACGUGACCCUGUUCGAUGGCGACUGCGUUCUACGGGUGUCGUUGGAUCCGUCGCUCAAUCGUUUGGUAGAAAAACACAGUCUUUGUCGUGGAUCUGUUAUAAAGAGCGCCACCUUCAAGACCAGCCUGGCACUACAGCUCCCAGAAUGCACCACGGCCCAGGACACAGACCCCGCCCCCCACACAGACCCCGCCCCCCACACAGACAGUUUCAGCCUGGUGUCUCUGGAGCUCUGUGGUCUUCAUCGGGACCUGGAUCCUGGUCCAUGGUCCUGGUUUGGGUCUGGUCCUGGCCCAGGUUCUCAUGCCAAUGCCGGAGUUUUGCCGCUCAGAGCCAAACGCAGCGUGUUCCUGUCGCUGUGGAACAACUCUGAUCCCCACGGCAACAGCUGGAGACAGGCCACACCCACCGACGAGGAGGAGGAGGAGUCAGACGAGGAAGAGCAAGAAGGCCUGGUCCCGUCUGUGUCUGUAGCGGAGCUCAGACUCAGAUUCUCCAGUUUUCCUGUUGGAACAUCCCAAAAGCUGCUGAUCGUUAGAAUCCUCCGGAAGUCCACUCUGACGUACUACGGCCGACCGGAGAAGAACUGUGCCUGUCCAUUUAAGGCCGUUCUGGAGGUGUGCGACGGGUCCGGCUCAGUGUGUGUGGUUCUGUGGAACAGUGUGUGUCUGGACUGGUACCUGCGUCUCACGCCCGGUGACAUCAUCAGUCUGCGACGCUUCAGGAUCAAACCACUGUACCAGGGACAGGGCCCGGACGACAUCGAGAUCAGUGUGAACAGCAGGAACCCGACGUCUCAGAUCAGAAAACUCCCAGAAUCCUCUGUGUCUCCAGAGUACCUGCCCCCAGACUCCGCCUACUCCUUCUGCUCCAGUGCGGAGCUGCGCCACAGGCCUCACGGGGACGUCUGUGAUGUCAUCGGUUUGGUGACGUUUUCAGGAAGAAGUGAACGUCUCCGCUCCAAAGAUUCUCAGGGGGCGGAGCUGUUCCUGGAGUACCGCUGGCUGCAGUUGGAGGAUGGCAGCUGCAGUCAGCCAAUCGCAGUGAAGCUUUUUGCCACGUCACAGCCCAAAGUCCACAGACAGCUGCUUCCAAUGUCCGUGGUCGUCUGCACUCAGCUCAAACUGGUCCGGACUUUGGAUCAGACCCAGUUCUAUCUGACCAACACCAGCUACACCCAGGUCUACUGCACAGGUUCUGGUCACCACUCUCGGAUGUCUUAUCGCAAACUGAACCCGGUGAAGUGUUUCCUGAAGUGGCUCCGGACACAGGACGACGGACAGGUCCUCAGCCGCGCUCUGAUUGGAGGAUUCUUCGUGUUCCCGUCUCCUCCUGUCACCAUGGAAACCUUCAUGAAGUCACGCAGAGUUGCACCCUCAGUCCUCCAGGGGGCAGAGCUGCGCAGGGAGCUGGACCAACUCUGUUACCGUGAGCGACGCAGCUUCUGUUUCCAGGCGACGGUCUCCACGGUGACACACUGUCGCCGGGGGCAGGAGGAUCAGUGCUUGUCGUGGUCGCUAACCCCGCCCACUCCCUAUGCCACGCCCCUAUCCUCCCCUCUCACUGGCUCCUCUCCUCGCCCUAACCAAUCGCCUCACUCCGUCAGAAGCCCCUCCUCUUGCUUGUCGUCGCCUGUCAAUCAACUCAGACCCCGCCCCCUGGACCACACCCCCAGCCGUUCGGUGAAGAGAAAGUUGUUCCAGGCCCAGUCUCCAAACAAACGAUCUCCGUUUGCGGCGCUCCGACCCGAGCCCAGCCAUAACUCAGUGGCCUUGUUCGAGGCGUCUCUCGAGUUCCUGCAGGAGUCCGACGACCCCGAGGACGACUCCGCCUCUUCCUCUUACAUCACCACGUGUCCCUCCCUCUCGCCCAUCGCCGUGGAGACGCUGCCCGUGCGCUUCGACCCCGCCCGCAAGGAGGAAAUGGCCGUUGCCGUGACGAUGGGCGCCAACGUGGACGCCGCCGCGCGCGAUUUCCAGUUUGCCUUUGAGGAUUACUACUCUGUCAGGCUGCAAGUCCUCUCCGGCCUGUCUCUGGACGUCCUCUUCCUCCCCGACUCCGCGCCGGCUCCUCUGCGUCACUCGAACUCCUGGGCGGACAUUUUGUCUCACGGCGCCUUCUCGCCGCACGGCCCGCCCCCCUCCCCGGCUGACCUCAUCGCCACGGCGACGCAGCUGUCCAAUCAGAGGCUGCUGUGCGUGCUGGAGGCGUGUCAUCUGGGCGGAGACGCGACGGAGCUGGUCCUGAUCCGAGCGUUUGUCUUGAGCUGAGAGCGCCCCCUGUUUCCUCAGAUGGACAGAGUUGGUACUGCAGCCACUUCAGAUUCUAAAGUUGUGAUUUUCUUUAAACUGCUUUACCUGGAAUGUUCCUCAGUGUGGCAUUAGACUGGUAGAUACAGUAUUUGUUCAAUUACAAAUGUUAAAUUACAAAAAAAAACAAAAUCAUUAUAAUCAUUAUAAUCUGGGGAACGUUCUAAAACAAUAACAUCUCCAUGGAGACGAGCAGGCAGCAAACCAGAAAAGCUACAUAGUGCACCUUUAAAAAAAACAAUUAAAAAUCAAUCUGAUGAAGUUUUUUUAUUUUAUUUCAUAUGAACAAAUCGUCCAGUUUUUGAUUUUUUAUGAAGAAAUAUUUGGUUUCGACAAAAAAUCCAGUUCAAAUCGUGAUGCAGAUUUUUCUUUAUUUAAAAAUAUUUAUUUUAUUUUAAAUAUUGAUGCACCUUUGUUUUUAUAUAUUUAUGUUUUAUUCCAAUUUUAUUGUUUUGUAUUAACACUGUGAAGUUGUGUUUUGUAUAUUUUUGUGUGUUUUUGCACUUUUGUUUGACAUAUUUCCAACUUUUUCUUAUUUUAAAUGUUUGGAAAUGUUCACUUUUUGCACGUUUGGAGAGUUUGACUUAAAUAAUAAUAAUAAUACAGUUUUAUUUUAACAAUU